GUGCCAUACCUGGUACAUGAUACUGAGCAGCUCAAUAGAGCAGCUUCACCUAGGUAGCUGGCUGUAUGAGAAGCUCGCAGUUAUCGUUUAAUUAUUCUAUGUUGUUGUUGUUGUUGCUGCUGUUGUCGAACGAUCUGUUCUGAUGCUUUACCCGAUGCUUCUCGCCGCCGUUGCUGGGCUCUUCGCCCACAAUGGCGUCUUCAUCCGCGGCGAAUGGCAUCUCCAUAUUCCACAGAUCGUAGCUGUCCACUUUCUACUAUGGCUAGGUACGGCAGGUCUCGCGUACCAAGCCCGGGGCUUCGUUUCCGUGGGCGAAGCUUUUCGUGAGGCUUCCAUUAUAGCGGCGUCGUAUUUCACUGCUAUGUUUACUAGCAUGACGAUUUAUCGCUUGUUCUUCCACCGCCUGUCUAAGUUCCCAGGACCAAAGCUCGCUGCUGUCACUAAGCUAUGGCACGUAUUCAAGAUUCGACACUCGACAAACCACCUGUGGUUGAAAGAGCUACACGAGAAGUAUGGAAGUGUCAUACGAACAGGCCCUAAUGAAGUUACCAUUGUCCACCCAGCUGCGUUUAGGCUGCUUGAUGGGUGGGGGACUUCUACUACUAAAGAUAUAUGGUAUGAUAUCUUGAAGCCGAGGAGCUCUGCUGUCUUCACUCGGAGUGAACAGGAGCACAAAGAUGGCCGUAGGGCCUGGGUGCAGGCGAUCUCCGGGAAAACCAUGAAUUCGUUUAACCCGCGCAUUUCUCAACAUGUGCAGGAAUUAUGUGACUGUUUCCGCGGAUUUGGUGGUACUCGGCCAGUUCAUAUAGACGAACAAGUGUCUCGGUUUACUUUCGACGUAGUUGGAGACAUAUUGUUCAACCAAGACUGGGGACUCGUUAAGACCCAGGCCUGGCAUCCAUUUUUCGACCACCGAGACCGUGCUUUUGAACUGGUCGGGCCUAUUAAUGAUGUGACUUGGCUCGCACACAUGAUCUUCACCUUAGCCCCUUUCUGGCAUCGCGUUCAAGAUUGGUUUAAGAUGGUUGCGUUCUGCGAAGGCCGGAUGAAGCAACGUAUAAACGAGGGCGAUAAUAUAGACCAGGCGGAUAUGGCAAGUCACUUCAUCGACGAGUACCAAAAACUCCAUAGGUUCCAUACCAUAGAGGAACGCGACCUUUAUCUUCACGGAACAGCUGUUACAGCUGUAGUCGCAGGCAGCGAUACCACCCGGGCCGCUCUUAUUGCUUCAUGUUGGUUUCUUGCGCGGUAUCCCGAGCACGCUAAGAAAAUAUACGAAGAGACUCAAGGUGUAGAUACGAGGGACCCUAACGCUCUUGCUGCCCUGCCUCACCUCGAGGGGUUCAUACAGGAGACCUUGCGGCUCGUACCACCCGCCAUGACUGGUGCUGCACGAAUAACCGGACCGGAUGGUUUGAUGGUUGGUGACGUCUUAAUCCCUCCUUAUACCAAGGUCACGGCGCCCAAAUAUGUCAUCAUGCGAAUGGAAUCUGCCUUUGCCCACCCCGACGACUUCAUCCCCGAGCGGUGGUACUCGCGACCCGAGCUCAUCCUCGACAAGCGCGCCUUCGGGCCCUUCUCGACCGGCGGCCGGCAAUGCGUCGGCAAGCCCAUCGCGUACGCAGAGCUUCGGCUCUUUGCCGCUGGCCUAGUCCGGGAUUUCAAUAUUAAAUUUGCGCCUGGCUACGACCCGAUGACGAUGUGGCGCGAGAUGAAAGACCAGAUCACGGCGCAGCCCGGACCGGUGGAGAUCAUCUUUGAGCCUCGCGAGAAGGCGAUUUGAUUGUCCCCUUGAGAAUCUAGUGUGAGUUUCUUGGAGGGGAUAUGGUUUGGUGUAAGGAGCCUUGGGUUGUGGUUAGGUAUUAUAAUAACGUUAUGAGCUGAGAUGGAGGCGGUUCGGGUUGGCACGUUGCUAAAGGCUUAGGCUUGGCUAGACGAAUAGCUUGGAUACCCUUAACUUGAUCUCAGCUGUCUUUCGCAUUAUUUCCUCUGACUCGGUUAGCUGGAGGUCUGUUUUGCUUCUCGAGUGAUUCAUCGAGCAUAGAGCCUUGGGUUAUAACUGGGGAGCGUAGCCUAUCUGCGCCAACCAGAAUACAUGAGGCAAACGAUACCGGC